GACCAUCCACAUCCACACCCACACCCACACCCACACCCAUAUCCACACACACAUACACAUAACCAUACACCAUACACACAUACACAAUCACUAUACACCACGCAUCACGCACCUGCACUACCUUAGUUUAGACUCUGCCUUAAGUUACGUUAGUUUACCUCACUCAACCUUCCUCUUGCUUCAUCCAUUUUCAUCUCUCCCCAAUUCCUCCCUCCUCUCCGGACACCAUACCACCACACGACUCUGCGACCGUUCGCCCAGACGGCCAUACGACCAAUACACAGCACCACUGCCGCCUCCACUAACACCACCACCACCACCAGACAUCAUUCAUCCAUCGACAGAUCAUUACAUACUACCACGCAGGACAUCUUGCACACUAUCCACUCAACGAACCACUCAAUCUAACCCUGAUCACCAUACCUGUCCCGGACUGGAGUUGAGAAAAGAAAAGAAAAGCAAAGAAAAACCAAAACAAGACCAAGCCCAAGCCCAAACAUAACAAAAACAAUCCACCACACGCACUGCAUCCAUCCACCGACCUUGAUUUUGUCCAUUCGUCUGAACAAGACUCGCAUUCGACCUUCCAGGACGUCUCGCUGCGGAAUCAAUACACGACGGUCCCUCCAAACCCCAUUCCCGUUCCAUACCUACACAAAUCCAUUGACAUAACCAUUACCUCCAGGUGAAAUUAAAACACGGUACGCCCUGACCAACUCCUACUCUUCUUUGCCGUGUCCUCCCUCUUGCCUUGUUCAUUCCAUUCACCCUUCCGCACACAGAAUACAUUCAUUCAUUACCUUACAUGACCUUCCCUUGCCUUACAUUACAUACACACCUGGUCUUUCUCUCCUGCUCGCCCUCUCUCGCUCUCCACACCUCUCUCUCGCUCUUCACACCUCUCUCUCUCUCUUCACACCUCUCUCCCCCUCGCCCUCCACCUCCCCCUCGCCCUCCCACCACUCACCACGCAGAACAUCACAUAACAUCCCAUACUUCCCCAUCCCACCGCCUUUCACCCAACCCCUCCCAACCAUUAAAGGGCCACACCCACUAACUCCCAAAUUCUCCUCACUCAGCCGCAGUCUCACUCUGCUCAUUAAUUCCAUUUUUUGCAAGUUUUCCAUUUGCGAUUUUCGAAUUCGGUGAAGAACAAUCCUCCGACGGGCCAUCCUGUCACGUUACGGGUCAUCAUUCACUUGGUAAUUACCGAUUGAUUACUUUUGGUCGCACACUCGGUGUUCAAUUGCCCAACACGGACUACAACAGGUCAUCAACCAGUCUCCUCACAACCCUCCUCGUUUACAGCCCACCUCACGAACGAUAAUCAUCGGUGUUUUGGACUUCAACAUGUCGUCAAAUCGGCCAGCUGCCUUCUCGAGCUUAAGAAUGGGAGAGGUGAUCCGCGAAAAGGUCCAAGAUGGCGUCACUGGCGAAACCCGAGAUAUGCAAUACACACAAUGCAAGAUUGUUGGAAAUGGCUCCUUCGGUGUUGUCUUUCAGACCAAGCUGUCCCCUUCAGGAGAGGAUGCUGCCAUCAAACGCGUUUUGCAAGACAAGAGAUUCAAGAAUCGUGAAUUGCAAAUCAUGCGCAUCGUUCGUCACCCUAACAUUGUCGAACUAAAGGCAUUCUAUUAUUCGAAUGGCGAGCGAAAGGAUGAGGUAUACCUCAAUCUAGUGCAAGAAUUCGUUCCUGAGACCGUUUACCGCGCAUCAAGAUAUUUCAACAAGAUGAAGACAACAAUGCCGAUCAUCGAAGUCAAGCUUUACAUCUACCAACUCUUCCGCGCCCUAGCCUAUAUCCACUCCCAAGGAAUCUGCCAUCGUGAUAUCAAGCCACAAAAUUUGCUCUUAGACCCAGGCAGUGGAAUUUUGAAGUUGUGUGAUUUUGGUAGUGCAAAGAUACUCGUAGAGAAUGAGCCAAACGUUUCAUACAUUUGCUCACGCUACUACAGAGCACCCGAAUUAAUUUUUGGUGCUACGAACUACACAACCAAGAUUGAUGUUUGGUCAACUGGUUGUGUGAUGGCAGAAUUGAUGCUUGGCCAACCACUCUUCCCAGGUGAAUCUGGUAUCGAUCAACUCGUCGAAAUCAUCAAGGUUUUGGGUACACCAACUCGGGAUCAAAUUCGUACCAUGAACCCCAACUAUAUGGAGCACAAGUUCCCUCAGAUUAAGCCACACCCAUUCAACAAGGUCUUCCGCAAGGCCGAUGCUAGUGCCAUCGAACUCAUCUCCAAGUUGUUAGAGUAUACUCCCACUGAGAGACUUUCAGCCAUUGAAGCUAUGGUCCACCCAUUCUUUGAUGAGUUACGUGAGCCAGACAAGACAUUCCCGGAUUCUCGCCACCCCGGCAACGCAGCGAAGAAUCUCCCAGUUUUGUUCGAUUUCUCUCUUCAUGAAUUAUCCAUUGCACCGGAACACAACCAACGGCUGGUACCGCAAUAUAUUCGAGCAGGUUUGGUAGCAAGAGAUAGCAAGCUUGAUAUUGAUAGCCCAGAUUUCAAACCAUUGACGAGAGAUGCGAUGAUGGCAAGAUUAGAUUGAGGGGGGAGUUAAAGCAAGAUGACUGAUGAAUGAAUGCUUUCCUGUCGCUCGACCUUAGAGCUCUGCAAUGGAGUCGAGAUUUUUUCGAGCGAUAACACCCGGCUAUAAAAAACCCCCCCAGCAUAUUAAAGGUUCUGCAUAUCUCGUCUGCAACGUUGGCAGGCCAAAAUCAAGUUUGUGGAAGUCCGGGAGAUGCAUGGCAGGAAUACGAAGUUAGUCUAUGAUGAUGGUAUGCGUUAUUUGGUUUGAUAGGAAUACCCAUAAGGUGGAAUUUUCGUUGAGCACGAGUUUUCAAUUCCAGCUAAGGAUACUCCCUUGGUACUCGAAACAUCGGUGAUUGGGAAAGGGAUAUGAAACAUGAUGGAUAUUGAUUCAUGAGGGGGGGUUGUGGAAAGGAGAGUGGGUGGUAGUUUAUGGGAUUCAACGAAUACUUCUAUCGGCACCUCGUUACUAGACUUUCUUGCAUGAGGAGAAAAAAUUAUGGCCUUUUUGCUCUCUUCUUCCGUUUUUUUUGUUCCACAUUGUGUUGUGUGCCUCGUGUGAUGAGGAUUGAUGGGCGGGGUGGCCCUUCUACUUUUGCAUUUUCUGACUCUUUUUCGUUUUCAUCCUUUUCUUUUUCUCUUCUUCUUCGGCACCCCUUCGAUCGCUACUUGAUACUUUGAUACUCCAACACAGGCAUGCAAGCAAGAUUCAGGCGUACCUUUUUUUAUUUAUUUAUUUACAUUUUACAUUUUAGUUGUGGUUGUGGUGGUGGACAAAUAUUGAUAUGGCAUGAAUGGAAUGGACUAAUUGAUACGAGAGAAAUUAAAGGAAAAUAAAUAGGAUAGGGGUUACUAGGCUUACUAUUAAAAAAAGGGAAAAUUCAAAGGGGUUGGGCUACAACUAUUUCUCUGUUUCACUGUUGAUUCUUUCUUCUCACUUGUCUUUUCCAGAGCUUGAUGGAUUUAUUGAAAGGGGAGAGGAGGGAUGAAGAGAAGGGGAAAGGGAGAUAGAUUGAUAGGGCUGGACGGGUAUGAGGGAAUGGUUUUCUUUUACCAUAUGAUGAAUGGAUCAAUGGGUGGUUGGGAUUGUCGAGGAUUGGUGAGAGGAGAGUUUGUUUAUUAUUGUCGUUGUUGUUGUUGUUGUUGCAGUUGUUGUAUUGAAAAUGGACAAAUCAGAAAAUAACAAAACA